CGCUGGUGUCGUGGGGAAGGAGUCAGUGGGUUGCAUGUAAGGGAAGAACGCGGAAACACAAAUAUACCGAAGCGAAGAACAGGGUAACAUGAAUGUAAAAAAAGAGAAGAAAAGGGAAUAAGAAUAGACCGAAGGGAAGAACAGGGAAACAAGAAUAUAACGAAGGGAAGAACAGGGAAACAAGAAUGAACCGAAGGGAAAAACAGGGAAACAAGAAUAUAACGAAGGGAAGAACAGAGAACAAGAACGAAGGGAAGAACAGGGAAACAAGAAUAUAACGAAGAGAAGAACAGUAAAACAAUAAUAUAAUGAAGGGAAGAACAAGUAAACAAGAACGAAGGGAAAAACAGGGAAAUAAGAAUAUGUCCUUUCGCUCUAUCCUCGAAAGUUAUAUUCUUGUGUUCUCCUGCUCUCCCUUCCGUUAUUUCAUUUACAGUUUGUUCAACAUGGGUUCUUCACAUGUGUUCAUGAGAGUCCAGGAAGAUGAACAGUGUUCUUGGAUGACAGAACAUUCGAAGAACAUCCCACAGCGUUAGGGAGUUGGAUAGAAAUGUGGUACUGGAUCUCGAGAGCGAACGGCGUGGCCCUUUGGAGCAUAGUCACGUGCAAGCAGACGAGGACCUCUAUGAAGCUCCUGUUGGUACCUGUUUUCCUGUCUCCACUCGUGAACAACCUGGUGUGUCGACCGAUGGAGGCAGAACUGAUCUUGGGCCUGACUGUUUGUAACAAAAAUCAACUGUCGGGCCAAGCCAAGAAAGCGUAUUUCUUCAUCUAUGUCUUCCUCACUUAUUUGGAAUUCAUGCUCAUAGCUGCAGUGUCGGUGUUCAGGGCUGCAGCUGUGUGGGCCUCAAACGCGUACGAUCUGAGCAAAGGCUUAGCUAUAACUGUGGUUGUGGGGAUCACCAUCUACACUCUCCUGGUUCCCACUAUGGCGCUGUUAGUGACUUCGGAAGCCCAUAUUCGGGCAAUCAUACUCAUCCUCAACUGUGUCAUACCUAUUCUCACCACUAUGGCAUGUUAUGUUGCCAUGAUCUUUGCGGUGAGACGCAACAGGCAGCGGUUGACCGAAGUCCAGUCCCGAUCCUCCUUGAAGAUCAUCGACAACGCCACCCGAGCCAUGAUCGCUGUCUUCGUUUCCAUCCUCGUCUUCGGCCUUCCCUUCUGCAUCUCCCAGUUCCUGCGCCAUAAGAUCUCGCGAAUGUUUCUGAACUUCAUCUACGUCAUUUACAACACCCACCUGAUGGUCGACCCUCUGGUGUUCAUCUUCUUCAACUAUAGCCAUCGCCGGCGGGUGUGCCAUCGGAUUCGAACGGGUUGGACGUGGGCGACGGGGUUGUGCAAUGUGUCCAGAACGAAGACCGACACCGACUUGGACACCGAGCAGAGGACUGACUCGUGCGAAAAGUCGGGCAGCUCCUCAGUCGAGGUCAGAAGCUACACACCGGAACACUUAUCUUCGCAGAAUGAACUUCGUGUUUGACAGCGGGUGAACUGAAUUGAAAAAUAAGGAACAACGAAAAUAAUUGUCUAGAAGUGGCAGUGUGUCUUCUUCAGGAAAAUCGUAAUCAUAAUAUAAUUAAAUUGUAUAUAUUUUGCAUAGCAGUAGCUGUGUGUUUUGUUCUCUGUAAAAAGUCACAUACGUCACUUAUUUAUAGGCCUUAUCAGCAGCGCCAGAUACUUGCAAUUAUUUCAUGUCUUGUGGAUGAGGCAUAGGCGCUGCCAAGCGUACGAAUGCGAAUCAGGUCAAAGUGUCGCACCGUUUGAACAAACCUCCUAUAUGCAACGUCCUGUGGCACGACGGUUUCUUUACAUGUAUGAGAAAUAGUAUGAUUAUAAUGGCAGUUGAGUCUGAAUGACUUACACCUAAUUCAAUAAUAUUCAUAUUAUUGACCUCUGUAAAUGGUAAAUGAUAAUAUAAUGUUAACAUUA